UGACCACAGUAUCAUGGCUCACUUCCCAGAAAAGAUGUCCCUACAGAUGAUAUCAGCUAUUCAAAACUCAUCCUUGAUUCAACCAGGAUUUUCUUUGUUGAACUUUGAUGGCCAUGUUUUCCUGUUUGGACAGAAAGGUUGGCCAAAGAGGUCCUGUCCCACUGGAAUUUUCCUUCUGGAUUUCAAAAAGGAUGAACUCAAACUGAAACCAGCAUACUUCUCAAAGGAUUCCUGCUACCUUCCACCUCUACGGUACCCUGCAAUCUGCAUUCUCAAGAGUACUGGAGCACAGCCUGAGAAAUGCCAUUACAUCAUCCAUGGAGGUAAAACUCCAAACAAUGAACUGUCUGAUAAGCUGUACAUCAUAAGCUUGGUCAGCAAGUACAACAAGAAAGUCACAUUUCGGUGUACUGAGAAAGAAUUAAUAGGGGAUGUCCCUGAAGCAAGAUAUGGCCAUACCAUUAAUGAGGUUCACAGUCAAGGGAAAAAUAUGCUUGUUAUAAUUGGGGGGAGGUCAUACAUGGCUCUUGGACAAAGAACCACUGAAAGCUGGAACAGUGUGGUGGACUGUAUGCCAGAUAUAUUCCUGAUUGACCUUGAAUUUGGGUGUUGUACUUCAUAUACCCUACCAGACUUUCAGAGUGGGUUCUCUUUUCAUCUUUGCCUUGCCCGAAAUGAUACCAUCUAUAUUAUAGGAGGUCAUUCCAUUCAAAAUAAUACCAGACCUCCACAUCUCUAUAGAAUAAAAAUUGAUCUCCCUUUAGGAAGCCCAGCUGUUAGUUGCUGUGUCUUGCCAGGUGGAAUCUCUGUUUCCAGUGCCAUUGUGACCCAGACCAAUAACAAAGAAUUUAUCAUUAUUGGGGGCUACCAUUCUGACAACCAGAAGAGAAUGGUUUGUAAUACAAUCAAUCUUGAAGAUAACAAGAUAGAAAUAGUGGAAAGAGAGGCACCAGAAUGGACUCCAGAAAUCAAACACUGCAAGAUAUGGUUUGGGAGUGACAUGGGAAAUGGAGCUAUACUCUUUGGCAUUCCAGGAGACAACAGGCAGCUAACUUCAGAUGCAAACUACUUUUAUGUGUUGAAAUGUCAAGGAGAAGAUGAUAAAGAUGCAGAACAGAUGGCACAAGUAUGUAGUCAGAGUUCUACAGAAGAUGCUGGAGAAUCCACUCCUUUUGAGGAUUCAGAGGAGUUAACUUUCAGCUUUGAUGUUAAUGACAUUGAUACUUACAAUGAAGAUGAUGAAGAAGAUGAGGAAGAUGCAGGUUAUUGGAUCACCUGCUCUGCGGGCUGUGACAUUGAUAUAAACACUUGGGUGCCCUUAUACUCCACAGAGCUCAACAAGCCUGCCAUGAUCUUCUGUUCCAGUGAAGGUGGCCACUGGGUCCAUGCUCAAUGUAUGGACCUGUCUGAGGAUACACUUAUUCACCUGUCACAAGUAAGCAUCAAGUAUUUCUGCACUGAACACGUCCAUCUAGCCAGGGGACUGCAGACACCCAAGGAGACCCCUCCUCUGGAAAAGAAACCAAUGAAAUCAUUACGUAAGAAAAAAAGCAUGAAAAUAUUCACUCCUGCAAAAAAGUCCUUUAUCCGGAAGUUGUUUGAAUAG